AAUCAUUAUUGAAACGGAAAAGCUGAGCAUUUCGCUUAAAACUAAUUAAAAUAGUUUGGAAUGGAACUUUCGAUGUAUGUUAUUGAUCCUGGAUAUUUAGAAUGUUCAAUUUGUUUGGAAUUAUGGUUGGAAAAUGAUCCAAGAACUUUAUCUUGCCAGCAUACUUACUGUUAUGCAUGUCUAAAGCAAAUCUUCAGAAAUGGUAUUAUAAAAUGUCCCAAUUGUAGAAUUCUGGUAAAAAUAAGAUCAGUAAGAGAUUUACCAAAGAAUCUUGCUUCUUCAUCAAUAAGCAGUCAACAAACGAAAAAAAUACAUGAAAUAGAAACUAUUCGAACUUUGCUUCUACAGAAUCUGCGUCGUCUAAAAGUAAAGAACGAUAAAAUGAAAUCGUUAUUAGAAUGCGAAGUAGAAACUUUAAAGAAUUUUUGUCCUUCAAUCCAUAAAAGUAAAACUACAAAUAAAUAUAAAAAUGCAGCUGUUCAGACUGUUGAGAAAGAUGCUUCAAAACGUCCCAGAAAGAAGGAAAGUAUGCUAAACAAGUUCAAACUAUUCAAAAAGACUAAAACUUAUCGUUUGAAUGAUAAUUCAAAAUUAUUUAGUAAAAGUUUUCUUUCAAUGUAUAAUUUUUAGAUGUAUAGAUCUAUCCUUAAUAUUUCUCUAUUUAAAAAUGUGUUGUCUUAAAUUGAGAGCAUUUAUAUUAUUCUGGUCAAAUAAAUUAUAUACAGAGUCUUUUAAAGUUAUAGUUUCUUAUAUGUUUUACUUGAUUUUAAAAUAAUAGAACUCUAGUUAAAAAUUUUUGAGUCAGUUGUUAAUAGUUAAUAUUAACCUAAAUAUCAAACUAACGACUUGUUCAGCCUCGUUAACAUCUAGAUAAAGUUCUUUGAUAAAAACUGUAAAGUAUGAAAUUUUUUCAUUAUUUUCUUCUUUGUCAAAUUGGAGUUAUUUGGAGUUUCGACUGUCCAACUCUACCUCAAGGCUUUAAAUUGGUGAAAACAUCACAUAAAUGUCUCGCCAUUCGAUUUCUUGAGCCGUCAGAAAGACAAUUUAUGACUGCAAAGGCAAUUUGUCAAAAUGACUUAGAUAAUGGACAGUUAAUUGAUUUAGAAUCGCAGCAUAAAAUGGAAUUUAUUAUGACGAUAAUGAAUUUUGUAAACAAAAAUCCCACUAUUCAUCGAGGUGUCGACAUGAACGGGAAACUUUUCCCUGGUUUCUUCAUUGACUUUUCAACAUUGACCCAGAAUGGAAUAAUCAGAUAUUUUUGGCCUAGUGGACGUGAAGUAGAACCUGCUCAAAUUGGAGGACCAGAUCGGACAGAUCUUCUCUUUUUCGUGCUAAAAGAUGAUGGAAGCCCGUCCGGUCUUUAUUCUGGAGAAAACGAGUCAAAUAUUGGAAGUGUUGUUUGUGAAGUUCCAUCUCUACUUAAAUGUCCUCCUACUCCUGACGGUUGGCUAGGUGUCCAAUCAAAUUCGGUAUGUGGCAUUUUACGUCCAUUGAAAGAGUUUGAGAGAACUUGGAUGGGAGCGAAAAGUGCAUGUGAAAGUGUUCCGGGUAUGGAGUUGGCUAGAUUAACAAAUAAUGAAAACAUUGUCUUUAAUAUCGUAAAAGUCAUAAACCAGAAUAAAGAAUUGUUUGAAAUAGAAGGUGAUCCGACUGUGAAACCUUCGUUCUUUUUUUACGAAACAAUAAAUCUCUCUAAUCUAGAUAUAGAUAAAGCUGGUUUAGCUAUCAUAGGACAAAAACCGAAGUUUAUAACAGGUUCUCAGCCAAUAACUGGAACACUUUGUUUUUUAAAGGCAGACUCAAGUCAAGGAGAUCCUCAUCUUUUACACUACAUACCGAGUUCUGGAAAAUAUAUUUGCCAUGAUUUAAUUGGUGAAGCUGGCCAAAAGUUUAUACUAUACAAAGAUUUAUUGACGAAUGUUAUCAUUGCUGGAGAAUUGCGGGAUGAUUACUAUUUCGGUAAAAUAAUUAUCUCAAGUUUGUUCUUCAAUCAUACGAUUAGCGCAAAUGAAGUAUGGAAAGCGAGAGAGACGUUUUAUUACGAGAAGAAAUUAAAGAUAGAGGUGCUGUCUCUCAAUGAAAUAAUAAUUACAGUUAAUAAUGGUCAAUCUGGUAAAUUCAUUAUCAAGAAGAAUUCAAAUAGUAUUCAUUUAAGUUACUUGAACUUUCAUAUUAUUCAAAUGAAUGAGAAAAGAUCUGGUGGAAUAUUUGGCGACAUUGCUAAUAAAAAGUAUGAAUUCUUCGAAAGAGUACAGAGAAACUCUAUGGCUGCUGUUAGAAUUGACGGAAAAACAUUUACAGCUAGGAUAACAGAAAGAGAUCAUCUAUUUUGUUGGCUUUUGCCAAAUAAAGCCGUAUUCUAUCCAAAAGCGACACGGGAUUAUAUAUUAGAUUAAUAUAGUUAUAUUUAUAGUAAAAAUAAAUAUUUUGAAAGCAAACAAGCAUUCCUUUAUCUUAUUUAUCGGACAAAAGGCUUUGUUCUCAACGAGGAGGAAGUAUUUUAUAAGAUAGAUUGAGAAGAUUAGAUUUAAAGUUAUUCAUUCUACUUAUUUGAUAUCUAAAAAAUUAAUAUAUUAAUGUAAAACAGUCCAAAAUACGAUCAGUAACUGAUAUGAAUAUCUAUAUAUGUUAAAGGUGUACUGUAUAAGGUUACACCUACUUUGAGGUGUUCAAAUAUUCAACAUGUUCAAAACACAGAAAAAACUCUUUAUUACUUUCAACAUAAAUUCCUUUAAAAUUCAGAUAUUCAGUAGUCAGUUUUGUAUCUUUGAGAAUUGCUAUGAUAACUACGAAGAAGAAUUGUCAUAGCAUCUUCAAUUCUAGAUUUAUAAUCUCUAUUCAAUAUAACAUCGAGAUGAGAUAAGCACUCGCCUUGAAAAGCGUUAUAUUUCAUAACUGUUUGAAUUUUCUUGAUAAAUCUUUUAAGGAAAUUAACUGGAUCUUUUUGAACAGCUUUAAAUAACGAUGGUAAAUCCAUAAAGACUUCAGAUUGAAUAUCCAUAAAUCUAUGUAUACCGUCAUACGAUUUGAUUACAUCUUGCCUUGUAUACUCUUGCAGACAAUGGAGUUUAAUACUUUUCCAGAUUCGUAUAGGUAAUGAAUGCAAUAGAUAUUUUGCAAAAUAUUUAGCUUUAUCGUUUGGAAACGAAGCGAAUUGUUUCUUUGAGAAAUCCUUUAUAAAAUCACCUCUAAAACCUAGUGAAUAUAGAUAGAUAAUUCCAAGUUUUUCAUAUUUUGUUCCUCUUUUAGGCAUUGUUUUAUCGAAUUGAAAUCAACAAUGUUUAAUACCAUUUUUAGUAAUUUUCUAAUAAUUUCAUCUUUAAAUUUCUCCUUUGAUAAAAUUUUUGGCAUAUUCAUUAAGCUUUUUCUAUAAACUGUUAUAUUCUUAUUACAUCCUUCCAGAGGUAUAAUAAAGAAUUCAUUAUCCUUUUUAUCAACUUUACUUUUAUACUUCAUUUCUCUUCUAUCUUUAAUAUGUAAAGGUCAAGGAAAAAGGUAUUAAAUUUUUGAGAUUUAAAGAUUAAAGAUUGAAAGUAUACAGUUACGAUUAUAAGUAAUUGUUACAAUGAAAAAACAUCUAAAAAUGUCACUAUUUGGUGUUUUACACUUUUUAUUUGUCUUAUAAUUAAGACAAAACUCUACUUAAGCUAUUGAUUGUGAUGCUGUAAUAUUUUGUUAACUUACUUCCUGUUUGGAGUUGAAUUUUUUCUCCUUCCUAUUCUUCCCAUUCAACCUGUAUUUGCAUAAAACUUUUUUUCUCUUAUGUAGUUUGGCAGACUACAACUCUUAAUUGUAAGGUCAUAGCAACCGUAUUAAAAUUACUUAAUAGCUUAUGAACUAUUCUAGACCAUAAACAUAGUUUAUCAACCAAAAAAUUCACAGUUUUACAAGUUUUUACCGGUGCAACAAUUAUUUAUUAACGUCAUCGUGUACAUAAAUCUUACCUUUAUGUUUUAUAAAGUUAAAUAUAUCCUUUUGCCGAUGAUGAGGACUUUUUUCAAUACAAAAGUAUAAUUGACAUGCAUAUAUCUCUGUAAAACUUUGACACUUCCGUUUUCUUUGGCCGACGUAUUUUUUUUCCAAUAAAAUAUGAUCGUGUAUAUUCAUAUAUGCAAAUACUGUACUUGAAGGAUUUUUUAUCAGCUUUCCCAGAAAGUCGUCCCUUUCGUCAACAUUCGAAAUCUAUUCGUGUAAGAAUCUCAAAUAUCCAUUUGCCUGUAUCUACGUGUAGUCGAUAAAUGAGUAGCGAGCGUAGGUUAUAGCUAAAUUCACCAACUUUACUCGAUAUACGCGUUAAAGAUUUAAGGUAUGUACUUGUUAAUAUAGCAGUAAUAAUAACUAAUAACAUGUCGAAAUAAUAAAGGGUAAUGAAAUACGGUUAGGUUUAAAAUAUGUGUAACGUAAAGUAAUUAUAAAAUAACGUAAAGGGAAUUUGGCUCACUGCCAAAUUUAGGCGAUGUACCCAUCGACUACAUCUACGUGUAUCCCUUAUAUUCUUUUCGUAAAACUGAAAACACGGCUAAAGUAGUACUGCUUGGAAAGACUAAAGUUGAGAACUUUGUCAAGUUUCUUUGUAAAAGUAUGAAAAUUUGUAAAUAACUGACAUUUUUUUCAUUUCUUUUCGAUGAUUUUAAGAUGACGAAACCAUAGUAAAAUAAAAUUGAGAUUUUACUAUAUUCGGUGUAUCGAACAACCUUUCUUACUGCUUAUUCAUAGUUAACUAUUCCUUAUUUUUGAUAAACAGUUAAUUUAUGUUUUUUAGAGCCAAAUGAUUCAAUAAGGUACUCUCCACAAAGGCCUAUUGUUAUCAAAUCGAAUGAAAUUCCAAAAUCCACAUCUUGUAAAUGUUUUAAACUGGUAUCGUAAUAGCUUAUCUUAGUGGAAUUACUUAGAUGAAGAAUAAAACCCACAAGUGGUACAGCUGUUACGCAUGCAUUUUUGUUAAUUUUAAUACUUCUUUCAUUCUUCUUAUCAACAUUUUUCUUAUCUAUCGAUAUUAACCUUGAUUUGGUAAUAAAAAUCACAUUUCCAUUGGUAAGUAUACAAGCGUGCCUUAUCUUGUAAUUCUGAAAUUGAAGAAUUUGAUCAUCUAAUGCAUCUUCUAGUUUAAUAUUCCAUUGGAAAUCCUUAUUAACGAAAUAGCUAUAAGUUUUAUUUAUGUUUCUCAAUAAAACAUAAAUAUUUCCAUUCUUAUCUUCAAAGGCGGAUAGUUUAAGUGCCUUCUCUGCAUUGGAUAGAGUGAAAAAUUGGAUUUCAUCAUUUUCCAUACAGCUUGACAUAACUAGAGAUUUGUUUCUGUGAAUAGCAAAAGUAUAAUGUUCCGUUUUAUCGAAACUAACAAUAUCUUGAUUUAAAGAUAUUUUCGAUAUUACUUCAUCUUCUUUCAUCAAGUUAAGAGUAUUACCAGAAGAUCUAUCAAGCUCGAGUAAACCUUUCAAUGUUAAUACAAACGGACCUUUGAUAUCGCAAUAUGUUUGUUGUUUAAAAUUUUUCGUUACCAGCUUAUCCUCUAGAUAGCAAUGCUUUAAAUGAAUUGCAAAAUUUGCUGGAAAAUUUUGAUCACAACUUAAAACAGAAAUAAAGCUGUGAAAUUUUUCAGAUAUUGAAUCAAGGUCAGUAAAAUCAUUACUUAAAUUCGAUUCCAUUUUAUCUAAAGUAUCCAUUUUAUCCUUAUUUAAAAUUAUAGCUUCUUGUUGCUUUAGAAUUUUUAUCAUUGACAUAAUCUUUUCCCGACGACAAUUAUAAAUAGUUAAAUCUUCGAAAGGACAUUUCGCAUGAUCCCUUACACACAAGCUGCACAGGUCUUUCUUUUUACAUUUUACGCAUAUAAUAACUGGUAGAAGCUGUCGAUUAUGCUUGGAGCAUUUUGAAAAAUUCGAGACCACAUUAUUGCUAAGUAAAUUAGAUCGUUGCGUAUUCUUAGGGUUGAAUGGCUCCCUACAUACUGGACAGUUAUGAGUAAGUUUAGAUACAAUUUUCCAACAAGCCAAACAAAAGGUGUGUUGACAUGAAAGUUGAAUAUUCUCCUUAUUUAUCCAAUUUUCCAGACAAAUAGGACACUUUAAGAAACCUUUCUGCACACGUACAAUUUCAUAGCUCAUUUUGCCCUCUCUAUCGAUACGUCCAGUUCGUGCAGUAAAUAUAUACGUAAUAUGGUAUAAUAUCUGAUGUACCAAUAGAGCAAUUAUAUUUCCAGUUUCUGUUUCUGUUUCCUAUAAUCUCUCUUAGAAAUAUCUGACUUUAGCUAUAAAGCUAUUCACAGUGAAUUAAUAAUUAGCAGAGACAAAAUAUGAUUGCGCAAUAAACCAAAAAACCACAUACCAAGAUCGAUAUGAGCUAAAAGUUUACAAAUAAGAAACAUGCAUGAACUUGUCCAAUGGAUAAUUUUAUAUAUAUACAGUAUAUAUAUAUAUGGUUAUAAUGCUGUUUACAAUUUUAAAUCACAAGUUCUAACUAUGUCGAUUUGCUUUUAUAUUCUCUUCAAAAUCGUUAAGUGGUUUCAAUCUAUUUUGGUAAAGGUAAAAUUUUUUAUAUGGCUAUAUAAUGUAACUCAUUCAGUCUGCUGUUUACAAUCUCAUGUUUCCUCAAUUCAAGAAAUAUUAUCUAUAUAAAUUACGUAAACUUGACUUUUGAGGAAAGCUUAUGUUGAUUAUUCAUCGUCAUUUCAAAAUUCUAAAAGCG